CCCGCCGGCUUCACCCCGGCAGCCACGCGCCGCCGGCCGCGAGCUGCCUGCGCGGCGCCGGCGCGGCCGUUACGGAGCGGAGCGGGCGCUGAGGGGGCUCCAUGGCCGCGUCGCUGGGGCCGCUGGUGGGAGCCAUCGACCAGGGCACCAGCUCCACCCGCUUCCUGGUUUUUAAUGCAGAAACAGCAGAGCUCUUGAGUCACCAUCAAGUGGAAAUAAAGCAAGAAUUCCCUAGAGAAGGAUGGGUGGAACAAGAUCCAAAGGAAAUAUUAAACUCUGUCUAUGAAUGUGUGGAAAAGACCUGUGAGAAAAUGGCACAACUGAACAUAAACAUCGCUAACAUAAGAGCCAUUGGAGUCACCAAUCAGAGAGAAACAACAGUGGUUUGGGACAAGACAACUGGAGAACCUCUUUAUAAUGCUAUUGUGUGGCUUGACCUGAGAACCCAGUCAACAGUUGAACGUCUUCUUAAAAGAAUUCCAGGAAAAAACAAAACUUUUUCUAAGUUUAAGACCGGUCUUCCACUUAGCACUUAUUUUAGUGCAGUGAAACUUCGGUGGCUUUUGGAUAACGUGGAAGAGAUUAGGAAAGCAGUUGAGGAUCAAAGAGCUAUGUUUGGGACUAUUGAUUCAUGGCUUAUAUGGAGUUUGACAGGUGGAAAGAAUGGAGGCAUUCACUGUACAGAUGUCACCAACGCCAGUAGAACGAUGUUAUUCAACAUUCAUUCCUUGGAAUGGGAUCCUGAGCUUUGCAAGUUCUUUGAUAUUCCUAUGGAAAUACUUCCAAAUGUACGAAGCUCCUCUGAGAUUUAUGGCCUGAUGAAAAUCUGUCCUAGCCGGGAAUCUGGAGCUUUGACAGGCGUACCAAUUUCUGGGUGUUUGGGUGACCAGCAUGCUGCCCUUGUUGGGCAAAUGUGUUUUCAAGAUGGACAAGCAAAAAACACGUAUGGAACAGGUUGUUUCUUGUUGUGCAACACAGGUCAGAAGACUGUGUUUUCUGAGCAUGGUCUUAUAACCACAAUAGCUUACAAAAUGGGCAGAGACAAACCUGUUUUUUAUGCACUAGAGGGAUCUGUUGCAAUAGCUGGGGCUGUUGUUCGUUGGCUGAGGGACAAUCUGGGUAUUGCUCAGUCUACAGAGGAAGUUGAACAACUGGCUGCAGAGGUGGGAACUUCUUAUGGCUGCUACUUUGUGCCAGCAUUUUCAGGACUGUACGCACCAUACUGGGAACCCAGUGCAAGGGGUAUCAUCUGUGGCCUUACUCAGUUUACUAAUAAAAACCACAUCGCCUUUGCUGCACUAGAAGCAGUCUGCUUUCAAACACGAGAGAUUCUAGAUGCCAUGAACAAGGACUGUGGGAUUCCACUAAGUCAGUUACAAGUAGAUGGAGGAAUGACCAAUAACAAAAUCCUCAUGCAACUCCAAUCAGACAUUCUCUGUAUUCCAGUAGUAAAGCCGUCAAUGCCUGAAACGACAGCUUUAGGAGCUGCUAUAGCAGCAGGAGCUGCAGAAGGUGUUGGAGUUUGGAGUCUGAAUCCUGGAGACUUUACGGCAGUGACAUGUGAACGAUUUGAACCACAGAUCAACCCAGAGGAAAGUGAAUAUCGCUAUGCCAGGUGGAAGAAAGCUGUGAUGAAGUCUAUGGAAUGGGAGACAUCUGACAGUCCUUCAAAUGAAUUUCAUUCCAGAGUAAGUAUUUUACAGUAUAGGCAUUGUUGCUGCUUAGUAAGCUAUUUUGGGGUUGUUUAGUUUUCUUUUUUUUGUUUUGGUUUUGGAGGGAUAGGCAGGGCAUGUUAAAUAAACAGACAGUUGAGGACUCUAGCAUGCUCCUGUGGUGAUGCGUUUGUAUUUUGUUUCUACUCAUUCAGCAUGAAUUAACUAUUCAAUUAUACUUUUCCUUGCAUGGAAGAGAUGGUUGCAGCUUGUAGGAGAACUAAAAUCAAACUAAAUAAGUUCUAGGCAAAAGCCAAAAUGAACAAAUGGAUUGACAGUGAUUUACUAACUCUGGAAUGUAUCUGUGAGUGAGAAAGCUCUAUAUUAUGAAGAAUAAAAUAAAACCAGCUGUGAAUAAGUGGGUAAAUUUUUAACAAGCUGAAUAAAGUAACAUGAAUAUAAAUUCCAGGUCAGGUGCUUCACCAUGUAGUAAGUACCUAAAAUAAUAUGGAAAAUCAAUGAUAAAUGAGCAAAUAAGCAACUUAAAUUCUGGGAUUGCUUUUUAAAAACAAUCAGUAACCUGCAUAUUAAACUUGCACUCAUACUAAACUUGCUGGAACUCAUAAGAAAAAAAAAAUUCUUUUUCUCCUUUCUUUAAGCUUGUCAGUGCCUUUCUGACCCACAACUGGUAAACAUAUUCAUCUCAACUCACUGUGGCCUUUAGAACCCAUUUCUGACCUUGUUUUCAGGUGCCAGUAACUGUCAAUAUGGUUACUGUUACUAUGUCUAUAGUUGUUACACAUACCAGUAUAAUUACUUUAUAUAUUAAUAUAUUGCAUUACUAUUUACAUGGUAAGCUUGGGAAGAGAAGUUGUGAGAAAUUUCCUGUUCUUUGUUUUAAGAGUGAUGAGGUCUCAAGAGGAACAGCAGCAGUGAUGUUACGUACAGGUUGUAGUUUUGCCUAGCUGUGCGUUAGUGUAGGACAUGAGAUACAGAAUUUGCAUUGUCAAUGGAGCAUGGCUGCUGCCCCCUUAGACACUUGCUCUGGUAAAUAUCCUUUUGUUUUUAAAAGCUAGAACUUGUUGACCCGGUUUUCCCCAAUUCAGUGCAUAAAUUCCAUUUAAUUGAUUUGUUACAUUUUAUCUUUUAGUGCAACACUGUAACUCCAAUGUAGUCAUCAGAGUUGUAGGUUUGAGGAUUAAAUUUAGGAAGGAUUGAAUUCAUCCUUCAUGUGCUGAAACAGCACUAAGUCUUGCAUAGCAACAGUGCUGAUGUUGAACACUUCUCUUUAGGGCAGGACCAGGAUUUUACAGCUACUGAAAUGUGAAGGAAAAAUCUGCUGUGCCAGAAUAGAGAACACUAGCAUAGCAAAAUCCCAUUUACAAAACUGCUAAGCUGCCUUUUCAUGUGGCAUCUGAUGACCGAACAAUACUCUAUUUAAUUAUACCAUUUCAUAAUUGCCUCAAAAUCAGGCCAAUUAUUUGUACCUUAUUUUAUGAUCCUCAUUUUUCUCUCCUGGAGAGAAAUGGACGGGAUUAUUUCACUAUUGAAGCAAGCUGUGUAUAACAACUGAAGUCCUUAUGCUGUUUUUUUCACACGUGCUUUGAAAGUAGACAUCAGAGAGAUUUCAAUAUAUUACAUGGCUGUACCUUUUUUUUUUUCUUUUUUUUUUUCCCUCUGGGGGUGCAUAAGAGUUAACUGAAACUGAUCCUAUAUUCUAUUAGACUCAAACUUAAAUAAAUGCUUUUGUAGGCUUAAAUUGGCAUCUCUCAAGUGAGAUAUAGUGGGCAUUAGCUAUAUGUGGGGUCUUAUGUGGCAUCUGGGGCAUAAAGUUAUUUUUAUUCUCACAGGCUGAGACAUCAGUGCUAAUAGCAAAACCAUAUUCUACCUGUUUAAAUACCCUCUGUGGUAUUUUUUAGGAUUCUAUUUUUUGUUUUUAGCUUCUUGUGUUGUGAUUGUUACUGUCAAAUUGCAUACUAAUUUAUAUAUAGGGAUCACUGUGCAGUUCUGCAAGAUAAUUUCAAUAAUAUUUUCCAAAUUUCUGAAAGUUGAGCUCAUAUUUAGAAAAAAAUAAGCUUAAAUUAUCUUCUUUCGAUUCUUCUACUUGUUAAAAAUUUACCCACCUUAGUAGUGUGGUCUCUGCUCCCCUGCUGUGCACAUCCCACAGACUUCAGAGCUGGCUUACCUGGUGUCACAAGACACAUCUAAUUUAUAAUUGCAGUAGUUGAAAACAAAAGUUGGUGUAAGAAUUUGUCUUACAGCUCACCUGUGUUAUAGAGUGUUACUAAUGUUUUAGAAUCAGUUCUGUGUUCCUAAUGCACACAUUUUUUAUUUAAGGUAAAUGAUGCUACUUAAUGGACUCACUGGAUGCAGCUGAUUUUUUUUGUUUCGGUUUGUUUUGUUGUCUGAAGAGAUUCCACCACCAACGUGAUCAUAUUACCUUUGUGGUUCAAUCUAUUCAUGAAUCCAUCUGUCACCUGUCCCUGCGUAACUUCCCGGUGCACUGAAAAUUCAGUCUUGAGCCCUUCAUUACUCUGUUCCCUUACCCAAAUCAACUCCAAAUGCACUGGAAACCUUUGUGUGGACUAUCUCACAUCAUCCUCUAAAAUUUCACAAGCCCUAGCUUUGUCUGAGAAAGUGAUAUGAGAAAAACCUUCAGUCUCUGAGGUAAUGAUAGCAGAUGUUUAACUGUGUUUUUCAGGAGUUUGGUACUUUGUGCAACACACUUCAGAAAGUUAAUGAAUCACUAUGGAAUUUUAUAAACAUCUUACAAUUCUUCCAGCUGCUGUGAAUUACUUUUCAUAUGCCAAUGGUUGCCAAAGAUGUUUUACUGUAGUUGCCACUGGUCUGAAACACCUUCCCUGGUACAAGCCUUUUAAACACUAGCCCAAGAUGGAUUACCAUAGCACACAUUGCCACUGGUUUGGCAAUGAGGAGUUUGCUACUAUCAUUCACAGAGUAUUGCUGAAACAUUCAGUUGCAAGGUUAAAAAGUUGGGUUUGGCUCUGGCUCAUGUAGUCACUUGGCCCAUCGUAAGUAUUUAUGACAACAAGUCCUAAAGUAGUUGUACCUCUAAAGAGAUGAGAGAAAAUAGUGUUUUGGUUAAGGCCAUGUUUCAUCUUGUGUUUUUGUGCUAGCUUGGAAAGACAAAUUUGAUGCAGCGUGCUAUUGACAGGAAAACUGCUUGGUCCUCAGCAACUGAUAACUCUUCAAACUACACUGUACAGUCUUUUCAUGACCAAUACUGCAUAUAUCCUGUCAUCCUGCUUAAGUGACUAUUUGUUAAACUUAAGAAAGUUGAAGCUAACUUAGUUUUCAUUAAAGAGGGUCCACUACAAACUAAGUAUCAGUGCUUUAGCUCUUGAUUUCAUUUAGUAUAUCUCAGGGACCAAAAUCUCCCUUUCAUUUUCCAUGUCCGUAGUUUUAAUUGCAAGUUCUUGCAAAAUAUGCUGGGACAAUCCAAAACCCUGGCUCAGUAGAGUAAGUACUGGCAUCUGAAAUGGGCCACUGGAAUUUACAGACAAUGGUGACAAAUUAAUCACAUCCACUUUGAAAUCUUUUGUUUUCCACAUGAAAGGAGUGAAGUAAUAACCUUAUCUUCAGCUUUUCUCUUUCUAUCAACAGCAUCCCAAAUGCCAGCCUUAUUGGUUAGGUCAAGGAAAAGGUGUUCUUGUGUAAUGAUGUUAGAUCAGUAUGGAAUGGCAGCAAGGUUAAAUGUGGGAACAACACAGAGAAUUUCAAAGAUGUGUUUAAAUGCACUAGGAAUUAAAGGGAGAGGCUUUUUGUGUGCAUUUGUUCUUAAAGAUUUUUGUCUUUAACAAAGUUUUUCUUUGAUUAGAGACUUAGUUUUUAAAAGGAUGUUAUAUAUGUCUGAAGCAGUGAAUUGCACAGAAGUUCAGGUCUGUACAAUAUAUUUAAUAUCAAAUGCAUAUUAAUUGCCUUUUUAUUGUCAAGUGCAAUGACUUUUGAAAAUGUGACUUUUAACUUAGAAGAUAGAGAAGGAACAUUUUUCGUCCUGUGGUUGCAUGUAAAACUUCACCAGAGAGAAGGGAUUUUGUACUCAAGUGAAAAUAUAAUAGCAUCAGUCAAAUGCUGUCUCUCCUGUCUCCUGUAAAUACUCACAUGUAAAGUGUGACAGCCCAAAUUUCUGGCGUUUCCAGUUUGUUUUGGAGAGGUGAAAAGUGAAAAAAAGAAUAUGAUCCCAUAGAAAAAUUUUCAUACUCCUUACCUUCACUCUGAGCUGUUUCUGAUCCCACUGUACCCCGAGGAAGAGGAGUGGAGCAGCCUGUGAAGCACAGGAAGCAGGGACAGCACACACCUCAAACUCUGGACUUGUGAAUAUGACCUGAGUCUUGCCAAAACCACUGAAGUGCUGAACCUGGGAACGAAUAAUGCUGAAGUGUUGCCUUUGCCCAUGGUAAAUGUGGCAGGGGGAAAGCUUGUAUCUAACAAGUAGGAGAGGGAAUUUUUGCUGCUUUUCUGACUUACCUUUUACUGGGAAACACAAUUCCUAUUAAUUUUUCACUGAGUAAGAAUCACUAUUUUAUUUUCAAUUGCUGUUGCAAAUUUUUUUAAGAGUUUCACAUCACUGUUAACUUUCUACCAACAUAGUUGAACUAUACUGUAAACUGCUUGUUGGCGGGGAGGGGACAAACUGUUAAAGUUAGCUUUUUGUGAAGCUGUGAUUUAUUUUUUUUUUUUUUUAUAAAUUACAAGUUUAUAAAUUCUUAAUUGAGAAAUGCAUUAACUUGGUAUUAAAGUACCAUAAAUGAAUUGA